ACAAAAGCGGCAGAACAGCUGUGGUCCGGUGUAGUCAUGGCCGGACCGAAGUUGUGCGUGCUUGCCUUCGCGUUAGCAGCGUGUGUUUCCGGAGGUUUGUCGACAUGUUCGCAGUCGUCCUGCCCACGGGAUGAGACGUGUUGCACACUUCCAGAAGGCGGGGAGGGCUGCUGUCCUUACAAAAACGCCAUCUGCUGCCUCGAUGGCAUCCACUGCUGCCCUUUCGGUACCGUGUGUGACGAAGAACAUCGCCGCUGCAAAAGUGCUCUAGAGGAAGGGGACAGGGAGACCGCUCUCCUCGAGUUAAUCGCCGCCCCAAACAUCAGUGUGUCGUCCAACGAGCACUGCCCCGACGGAAGUACCUGUCCUGACGUUUCGACGUGCUGUAUGACGACAACGAAACACUAUGGCUGCUGUCCGUUCCAGCAGGGAGUCUGCUGCAGGGACUUGAUCCACUGCUGCCCCUACGGAACCCACUGCAUCGGGGGCGGGCUGUGCCGUCGUCAACAAACAGAGAACGACAUUGAGGGAGCGGAAGCUCCUCACACAAAGCAGGCUGUAAUCGAAACGACAGCACGUCGCGGGGGCGUGUCUGCCUGCACAGACACGACCUGCCCGCAGGAUCAGACGUGCUGCGAACUGUCAGGGGGCGGAGAGGGCUGCUGCCCGUACCCAAACGCCAUUUGCUGCCUCGAUGGUAUCCACUGCUGCCCCUUCGGCACUGUUUGCGACGAGGAGCACGGACGAUGCAUUGACGUUCUACAAGAGAAGAAAGAGCGUGUCGUUUUCGUCGAGCUGACCCCCGCCACCACAACGAAUAUCAGUGAGUCAAACGAGCACUGUCCGGACGGAAGCACCUGCCCCGGCGUUACGACAUGCUGCCUGAUGCCGACGAAACAUUACGGCUGCUGUCCGUACCAGCACGGAGUCUGCUGCAGGGACAUGACCCACUGCUGCCCCUACGGAACACACUGCAUCGGGGGUGGUCUUUGCCGUCGCCAAGAAAGCGAGAGCACCUUGGAAGCAGCCCGUGUGCAGGAGAAGGAGCAAGUUGUCGUCGCUGAAGGAUGCAGUGGAAGACAACAGAGAUGCGGAAGUGACCAAACGUGCUGCGUGAAGAGAGAUGGUUCAGCGGGAUGUUGUCCAAUGAAAAAUGCCGUGUGUUGUCACGGGAUCGAUUCUUGCUGUCCAGAAGGAUUCGUAUGUAGCAUCUUCGGGUGCCUGAAAGUGUAGGCUAUCCAGGCUUUCAUAUUUCUGUAUUAAUUUUUGUAUAUACAAUUUACACAGAGAGCUCUAUUUCGCCUCAUACAGUGCCGAAUUUUGUAUUAACUGAAAAGGAGUGCGAAAAAUAUAUGCGAGAGAGGCUGCUGCAGACGAAAUUGCGUGUGUAAUAAUGAUACACAAAGUCAGGACCUUUAGGCACGUUUUCAGUGUAUAAGUUAUCCUAAAAUUCUUGUGAUUAUUGUAUCACAAACUGUUUUUUGCAAUUGUGAAUCCAAGCCAUAUCAGCUUUGUACAUUCAGAAUAGAAAUAAAAUGUUUUCUACAAA